AUGUCGUGGUGUACGAUCGAGUCGGAUCCAGGGGUGUUCACGGAGCUGAUGCAGCAGAUGCAAGUGAAGGGUGUGCAGGUGGAGGAGCUAUACAGUCUGGAUCUAGACGCCCUCAAGCAGCUCAGCCCCGUGUACGGGCUCAUAUUCCUCUUCAAGUGGCGCCCGGGCGAGCUGGACACACGCCCCACAGUCGCCGACUCUGCUGCUCCAGACGUGUUCUUUGCCAGCCAGGUGAUCAGCAACGCGUGUGCGACCCAGGCGAUCAUAUCAAUCCUCCUAAACGCAUCCAACCGCAUUGAAAUUGGUCCAGAACUCUCCACACUCCGCGAUUUCACGCGCGACUUUCCCCCCGAGCUGAAGGGACUGGCGAUCAACAACAGUGAGGCGAUCCGUGCCGCCCACAACAGCUUCAGCCGCCCGGAAGCCAUAGUAGCUGCUGAGGAGGCCCGGGCGGCAGAAAAAGACGACGACGUGUAUCAUUUCAUCAGCUACGUGCCGAUCAAUGGGGUGCUGUAUGAACUGGACGGGCUCAAGCCCGGACCUAUCCGGCUUGGGGAGAUUUCAGGCUCGGGAAAAGGUUCGGGUGGUGAUCUAGGAGAGGAAAAAACAGACGUGAAACCAGAGGGAGGCAUGGAAGGGGGAGAAGGAGGAGGGGCAGGAGCCAAGGGGGGGAACAAGGAAGGCGAGAGGGAGGGGGAGGAGGAGGAUGACAUGGCAUGGUUGCGCAUGGUGCAGCCGGUGAUUCAGCAGCGCAUUGACAAGUACGCAGAGAGUGAGAUCCGGUUCAACCUCAUGGCUGUGGUGCGCAACAGGAAGGAGGCGCUGGAGGAGCGGCUGGGGGCUCUGAGGGCACGGAAGGAGGGGCUGUUGGGGGAGAUUGAGCGGCGAGGGGGAGGGGGAGGGGGAAUGGAGGUGGAUGGGGCCGAUGGGGCGUUGGAGGGGGAAUUGGCGGAGAUUGAGAUGCAGAUGGCGCACGUGCAAGAUUCGAUAGCAGGAGAGGAGGAGAAGUACCGGCGAUGGCGGACGGAGAACAUUCGCAGGAAGCACAACUACAUUCCCUUCCUCUUCAACUUCCUCAAGAUUCUCGCCGAGAAGAAGCAGCUUCGACCAUUGAUUGAGCGAGCAAGGCAGUCCGCCUAG